AGCAGCAGCGCGCUGUCAGUGAAGAGUUGGCGGCCCUCGGAGCGACAUGAACGGGGCUCAGCUCAGUGAAUUCCCGGACGACUCGGAGCUGCUGCGGGCGGCCGUGAGCGGCCUGAGGCGGAGAGCCCUGCAGGCCGGGGAGCUGUCCGCCGUCUCCACCUUCUCUGGAAAGUUCCUUGUCAAGUUUCUGCGGGCCAGAGACUUCGACGAGGAGCUCUCUCUGAAGCUUUUACUGAACUACCAGCGGUGGCGGAGAGAGAGUCCUGAGAUCAGCACCUGCCUGUCUCCGUCCUCUGUGAUUGGUCUCCUCAACACAACUUACCACGCCGUCCUCCCGCAGCGUGACCACACUGGCAGCAGGGUGCUCAUCUACAGAAUCGGCCAGUGGAACCCUAAAGACUGGACGGCCAUCCAGGUGUUCAGAGUCAGCCUGAUAACAUCGGAGAUCAUCUCCACGGAGGCGGAGACGCAGAGAAGGGGUCUAAAGGUCAUAUUUGACCUGCAGGGAUGGAGUUUGGGCCAUGCUCUCCAAAUUAACCCUUCCCUCGCCAAAAAGAUAUCCUCUGUACUUUCGGACUCCUUUCCACUGAAAGUUCGAGGAAUCCAUCUGGUCAACGAGCCAAUGUUCUUCCGGCCAGUCUUCGCCAUGAUUCGUCCUUUCUUGCCAGAUAAGAUCAAGCAGAGGAUCAAUAUGCACGGUGCCGAUUUCCACGACACUCUAAGCGACUUCUUCUCACCGCCCGUCCUACCGCCAGAAUAUGGAGGGGAGGGGCCUAACAUAGCGGAGGCCUGUCAGGACUGGACCCUUCGGCUGCUUCAGUCAGAGAAGCUCCUGCAGCAGAUUUCCAACCACCCGACAGGUGACAUCACGAUUACUCCUGAGGACGCCUUGAUUUCAGAGGAAGGGGAGACCGAGCCACUCUUUGAGGGAUGAUUUUUUUUAUUUGGCUCUUCAGAUCACACAUACACGCUGCCGUAUUUGGACUUUGGAUUUAAGACAUUCUAACACUUGCUGGCAGCUGUUUUUGAAGCUUUAACUGGUUCACCUGAUGGACCUAGUGUUCUCCUCUUACACUGCCCAUUAAAAUCUGACCAAAGAGAGACAUUUUGUAUUGUUGGGUCAAUUCUGUCCAGCAUGAGGAAAACUUUCCCAAUUUCAAGUCAAUGUUUUAAGUUGUGACUUUAAAUCCGGAUGCUGUUAGCUUAGCUCAGGUUGAAGACCAGAAAUGGGAAGAAGUUGUAGUUUGCCUCUGUAAGUGAUGAUGUAUCUCCUCCCCACAGCGUACUAAAUAUCAAGAAAUGCUGAAGUGUUGUAGUGACAUUUCGCUUAACAUCCCUGUGGAACACCCGGCAUUUAAUAUUGGAACAAGCCAUGCUAGCAGUUUUCACUGAGAACCAAAAGCACUAACAUGAUCGCAAUCUGUGUAUAGAGCAUUUAUUUCCCACAACAAAGUUAAUGUGUUUAAAUUGUAGUUGUAUCUGCUUAAUGCUCAUGUCAAUAGUAUAGUUUAUUUAGUGUUGUAACAAAAAACUGUGAAAUUGUUCGCAAUGAAUUUAGAAUUAUUUGUAGCUUCAUAGUAAUGGAAUUCAUUUAUUUUUGUUGCCAUUUUCAAAAAAUGCAAUGAAUGUAUUUAUUGUGCUCGGGUCUUUCUGAACACACAAUUGUAUAUACUUUGAAGUUACAUAAAGAAAAAGAAAAAACAAAGCUAUACUGCUUUCAUGUGGCAACACAUUUUUAAGUGUUAAAUAAUUUUGUGUUUGCAAUAUGAUUAGUUAUUUUUAAACAUGAUUUUCUGAAUAUUUGAAGCAACCAUCCAACUGUGUUUUUGUUUGUCUGAUAAUGAAUAGACAAAGAUUCAUGCACAUUAGAGGCAUGGUGAAAUAAAGGUAUCAAGACUUUGUAAAUAUAUGUGUACAUCUAUAUAUUCAGUGCUGUGAAAAAUGUUUUCCCCCUUCUUGGUUUUUUAUUUUUUUUGCAUGUUUCAAAUCAUCAAACACAAUUUUUAUAUUAAACAAAGAUAACCUGAGUAAAUACAAAAA